AUGACCAUGCUUCAAAAGACACGAUUCGUCUGCGUCUCUGAUACGCACGGCUACACACCCUCCGAAGCAGGCUUCAACCUCCCAGCAGGAGACGUCCUGAUCCAUGCAGGUGACUUGACUAACAAUGGAAGCCUAAGAGAGCUCCGCCGGACAAUGGAUUGGAUAUGCAAAGCCGACUUUGAAAUCAAGAUCAUAGUUGGUGGUAAUCACGACGUUACCCUGGACCCAACUUUCUUCGCAGAACAAGGACACUGUUUUCACGACCAGUCCCUCGAGGAUCCACAGAAAUGUCUGGAACUUAUCUCGGAGUCGCCUACAGUUGUUUUUCUUCAACACGAGUCAGCCAUGAUUCGUUUAAGGCGAACAGGCGGUCCAAACACGAUAUUCAAGGUCUUCGGGUCGCCAUACUCCCAAUUCCAGGGAAACUGGGCAUUUGGAUACGACUCAAGUGAUGCAACAAGGCUAUGGGGUCAGAUACCACUCGACACGGACAUCGUCGUCACGCAUACGCCACCGCAGUCUCACUGCGACCAGAAACCAAAUGGAACAUCAGUGGGGUGCUCAGCACUGCGCAAAAGGUUGAGCCUCAUAAGGCCUCACUUAGCCAUUUGUGGCCAUGUGCACGAAGGACGAGGAUAUGAAAGAGUUCAGUGGCCGGCCGUGCUUACAGAUACAGAACAAGAUAUAGAGACAGAGACACACAGCCCGCCCAAAAAGGAAACAGAAAGACAGACACCGAUACAGACCAACGCAGUUGACCAUGUCAUCCGGGGCACGUUGCCACCCAUGGGCAGCAAGAAACAAAACCUGAUCGACUUAACCAGCAAACGGAACGAAAGGCUAGCCAACGAGGGAUUUUCAUGGCCCGGUCACAGUCACAGUCACAGUCACAGUAACAGCCAUUCGGCACACAAGAUAUCAAAAUCAAGCGAGGAACCGAUGUCAUCAGCCUCGCUGAAUUCAUCAGCAGGCGCCGCGCCUGAAAAGGAAACUCCACGAAAUUCGCCGAACGCGCCGUCCCUGAGCGCCGGUAGCCCCAGCCCCAGUCUCAGCACCGGCAUCCGCGGCACGAUCGGCCAUGUCGAUGCCUUGCAAACGCUCCGAAUGGAGACUUGCAUUGUCAAUGCGGCCAUCGUGGCCACCAGUUUCCCGCAUCACGGAGGCAAACGGUUCAAUUCGCCCGUCGUUAUUGACCUCGAGCUUCCCGUGUGGCAAGACCUAGCCCACGCCAAAGCCAACGCUAACGGGUGA